AUGCACAGACUGAGCUCGUCGCAACUCUCGCUAAACGAGAGCCUAUUCGAUGUCUCCAUCUCCGGGAGCAGUGCCCAGAAUCAGCGCUUGGGGCAUUUGCGCAAGGUCGGUCUGAUGACGAGUCUCUCUGUAGCCACCGAAAAGAGACCGUCCGACUUCUUCCUUGCACGAAACAACAACGACAAUUCCUCCGCUGCGCUUAGUAGACCUAAAUCUAGUGUAUCCACGUCGUCGGAAACUUCGAAAGACUCGGAUGACGGUGUUCUGGUUGUUCUGACUCCAUUCGAUGUGAUGGAGUCUCGCCUCAGCUCUGCCACCGCCGCCUCUGUUUACCUGAAAAACAUGGACCUGGACCUGAACCACAAACUGUCUGCCCUGGAGAGAGAAUUGCCUGCCGCGCCCAUUGUUUCUUCCACCGCAAAUCUUGUUUCGCGGCCGCUUCCAGACUUGCCAGAGGUUCCUAGUCUUACAAGCUCAUCUCCUCCCAAAACUCAACGACAACUAUCAUCAUCUUCGCAUCUGGACGCCUCAGGCAUGUUUCCGCUUACACGCACGAAAACGCGAUACUACAACCCCAAGGAAAAGAAAGAAAGACAACAGCUUCGAAAGAAACUCUACGAAGAAAACAAUGAUGAUGACGUGAUCAUGUCGCAGGAUCUAAGUCUAGUGUUCAAUGUGCCUGUCAUCAAGAAACAUCAUGAGAUCUACACCCAUAGUCAGAGCUCCAAGUCGUCGUACUUCUCUCGUGAUGACAUCGUGAAAGUGGAUGACAACAAAUACAAUGCCUUUAAGCAGCCAAUGAAGCCAUGUCCAUUGCCAGGAGUAUUAGCUCUGUCACGAAGCAAAAGCGGUAGCAGUGCGAACCCAUCUUCUGUCUCUUUUCAUGAUGACUCGUCGUCCGCAGACCUCCAUCUGACGUCGUACCAGAGUAUCGACACGGACGAGGAAGUAUCGCGCAACAUCUCUGACUUCUAUGCUCUGCGCUCUGAAUCAUAUUCUAAACUUGUUCGCGCCUCGAGGGACAGCCAUAUUUACAAACUACCACAUUACAUUCGCUCGCAAAACUCAAUCGAGGACAUCAGCUUAGUGUCGCCAGAAAAGCUUGAGCUUAUUGACCAGUCAAGACCUAUCAAUCUCCCCCCUAAAAGCUCCGAAGAUAUCUCCAAACACAGACGAGAAAUUAACAGGGUCCUCAAGAAUGUUGAAACUACCAACAAGUCCCAAAGUUUAUCUCGUCAAAAAUUCAACGAUAACUUAGCUACCGUUCAAUCUACUUGGAACAAAGUGUUUCUGGCUGGAAAGGGCAAGGAUCUUUCUAAUACCCUCAAUUCCGAGAAAGAGAAAUUGAGAAGUUAUAUGUGGGAAAAUCAAACCCAUGACACUCUCACCUAUCAUUUUUUCAGUAAAGUCCUUCAACUCAACCUAGGGAAUGAUGCGGUUAAUCAAAUGCGUUCUGAAUACGAUCAAGUCGAGGCAACUCAUCAUGCAUUGUCAGAGCAGACAAAGGCGACCAAAAACGCUGAGUUCGACUCUAUCAUAACACAUGUGACCUCCCGGCCUCUUAUUUAUAACUUCAUACAAGAAGCUAAGGAAAGUGUGCUGUUUGACUUCAACUACACCGACUUUGUGAAGAAUUUCAGGCAUCUUCUUUACUUAAAAUCCUUGUCCGACGGUGGGUUGAAGAAACAUCAUCAGAUAUUUUCCAUUCCUAUAUUUUUAAUUCUUUUCCGUGGAGAAUCAAUGGCCAACGUCUAUCUCAUGAUUGAAAUGUUUGAUGCAGAAAUUUUCAGCGACGAAGUAUUCGCUGAUUUGUCGAAGAAAUUAUCUGGAUGGUCAAAUCUUUCUUCGAUGUCAUACUCGAGUGCCACCUACAAAGUUUUGAGCCGAUUUUCAAGCCUUGAAGAAUUUGAGACUCUAAACACAUCUACAAUUUUCGAGCUCAUGCUUCAGCUCAACGACAAGCUACCUCUCAGUCUCAGCGCGCCUUCUACCCCAAUCAUCUCCAGGGGUUCUUUCUUGUCAUACAACAAGAUUGUUGAAGAGCCAGGAAGUGACUCAUUAGACAGUGUUCAGUCGCUAUCAAACAGCUCAGACAGUCUGUUGAACUCUGUGCUUACAUAUAAUGCUUCGAUUUCCUCCUCUCACAAACUACUUUUGACUUUCCUUAACUUGCUUGUGAUUUACUCACGGUCGCGCAAGAGAACUCAAAAUAUUGUCAAACUUUUGCAAUCGUUUUUGUUGACAAUUUUCGACUACUAUCAUAUAGGUUGGAACACUUCCGAAGAGCUUGUGAAAAUGAACGGCUCAAUCAGAGUCAACCAUACCAAUGACCAGUGGGCAAACCUUGAAUCCUUCACUUCCAAGUGGAAGCAAACUUUCAAGAAAAUGUAG